AUGGCGAAAGGAGGAGCUUUCUCUAGCCUCCUCUCAUGUCUCCUUGUCUUGUCGUUCUUAAGUUCAGUCUUAACAGUCACACAUGACCAUCAAGAUAAACAGGAUUAUAUCGUCUACAUGGGUUCACUUCCGUCUCGAGCGGACUACACACCAAUGUCUCAUCACAUGAGUAUUCUUCAAGAGAUCUCCGGGGAGAGUUCGAUCGAAGGUCGUUUGGUGAGAAGUUAUAAGAGGAGUUUCAACGGGUUCGCCGCCCGACUCACUGAGUCAGAACGAGAACGUAUAGCCGAUAUGGAGGGAGUUGUGUCUGUGUUCCCGAACAAGAAACUAAAACUCCAAACGACGGCGUCUUGGGACUUUAUGGGGCUAAAGGAAGGGAAAGGGACAAAGCGAAAUCCUACAGUGGAGAGUGAUACUAUAAUCGGAGUCUUCGACAGUGGAAUCUGGCCGGAAUCUGAAAGCUUUUCCGAUAAAGGCUUUGGCCCUCCUCCAAAGAAAUGGAAGGGCACUUGUGCCGGCGGCGAAAACUUCGCUUGCAAUAAUAAGCUGAUUGGGGCAAGACACUACUCACCAGGAGACGCUAGGGACAAAGGUGGCCACGGUACACACACGUCUUCUAUUGCGGCUGGAAGCGCAGUCGCAAACGCCAGCUUCUUUGGUCUCGGCAGUGGAACGGCGAGAGGUGCCGUUCCAGCCUCCAGAAUCGCGGCUUACAGAGUCUGCGACGGAGAGUGUAGAGAUGAUGUAAUGCUGUCUGCGUUCGAUGACGCCAUUGCCGAUGGUGUUGACAUCAUCACCAUCUCUAUAGGUAGUAUUGAUGUGUACCCGUUCGAGAAAGACUCGGUCGCUAUUGGAGCUUUUCACGCUAUGUCCAAAGGAAUCCUCACUGUGAACUCGGCUGGUAACAAUGGUCCAUAUAAGGCCUCGAUUACGAGCUUAGCACCGUGGCUAUUAACCGUUGCAGCUAGCACCACGAACCGUGUGUUUGUUACCAAAGUGGUUCUUGGUGAUGGCAAGACACUUGUCGGAAAUUCAGUGAAUGGUUUCGAUCUGAAAGGAAAGAAGUUCCCUCUGGUGUACGGAAAAUCUGCUGCUAAGUCUGCCUCACAAGCGAAAUGCGCAGAAGAUUGCACGCCAGAUUGUCUUGACGCAUCCUUGGUGAAAGGAAAGAUCUUGGUUUGCAAAAGAUCUUUUCCCUACGUAGCAUAUUCAAAGGGAGCCGUCGCAGGUAUUUUUGAAGAUGGCGGUUCAGACUGGGAACAAGUCAAGGGUUUACCUUAUUCUGACUUACAAGAAGAAGACUUUGAGUCUCUCCUCUCUUACUUUAACUCCACAAAUUCCCCAGAAGCGGCUGUCCUUAAAAGUGAGGCAACCUUUAAUCAGACAGGUCCUAAAGUUCUUUCCUUCUCUUCUCGCGGCCCAAACAUCAUUGUUGCUGAUAUUCUCAAGCCGGAUAUAACAGCACCAGGACUGGAGAUUUUGGCUGCAUAUUCACUUACGGCGUCACCGUUUUAUGACGACGCCACACAUGUGAAAUACUAUGUUGAAUCCGGAACUUCAAUGUCUUGUCCACACGGUGCAGGCGUAGCCGCCUACGUCAAGACGUUUCAUCCUGAUUGGUCCCCUUCCAUGAUCAAAUCUGCCAUUAUGACAACAGGUGAAUAAAAAUUACAUCUUAAGAAAUGCGACUACCGUGAAACUCAUCUCCGGUGACCAAAGAAGACUACAUUGCCUUCCUCUGCGGUAUGAACUACAAUGCGACUACCGUGAAACUCAUCUCCGGUGAAACCGUCACUUGCACGGAAAAAAUCUUACCUAGAAACCUAAACUAUCCAUCAAUGUCGGCUAAAUUGUCGGGAUCUAGUAGCCCCUUCACCGUCACUUUCAACAGAACCGUCACUAACGUUGGUAUCCCAAACUCUACAUACAAAGCAAAAAUUGUAUUAAAUCACGGAUCUAAGCUCAACGUCAAGGUUUCACCUAGUAUUCUAUCUAU